AAGAAGAGAGAGAAAAAGGUAAUGCAGUCUGCCCUUUCUUGUUGCUGGAGCCGACAUGAUUAUUUCGACUAUUACUCCAAACAACCCGAGGGCACUACCAAAGAUUGCAAGCACAAGAAUCUUCACAAAAAAGUGAUGAGUUCUGGGCAUCAGAUAAUGCACAGCUGCUGCCAAUAAUUCCUACACACAGCCCGCAGACGAGGUUUGCGAAACCCACAAUAAUCCCUUCAAACUGCCAAAAGGAAAAUAGAGAGAGAGAGUGGGUUGAGAGGACACGGUUAUAGGGCUCCACGGUGAGGGAUAAACAGUGAAACCGAGCUGUGAUUUCUUGCCAUAGUCAACAGAAAGACGUUCCAAAAGAAGCGAUCCAAGACGAGAACCAGUACCACCACCAACAGCGUGGAAAACAAGGAAACCGUGAAGGCCAGUGCAGUUGUCAGCAAGUUUCAUGAUGCGAUCCAAGCAGAGGGCCGGGGAGGUGUAUGCCGGAGUUCCGCAGGCGGUUUGGAGCACUUGCGGUGGAGCUGGUUUUCCGGCGAGACGGAAGGAAAGCGGGAGGACGGUGCUGCGGUGGUGUCGCCGAAGCUACGGAGGAGGAGACUUUGGUGACUCGAUGCCGAGAGAGAGAGAGAAGAGAGAGAGAGAGGAAUGAAAUGUGUGAUUCUAGUAGAAUCCAAGAUUGGGAUCCACGAGCGAUGCUAAACAACCUCUCAUUCGUCGAACAAAAGAUCCAUCAACUCCAGGAUUUGGUGCAUCUGGUUGUUAGCCGGAGAGGCCAAGUUGUGACUCGCUCUGAUGAACUUGUGUCUCAGCAACAACAGCUUAUCACUGCUGAUCUCGCUUCGAUUAUUGUUCAACUAAUUUCCAUUGCAGGUAGUCUUCUCCCAUCUGUGAAGCAAACCCGCUACACAAAUCCUUCGAUCACCCAGUUUGGGCAGCUUGGUGGAGUCAUAUUUCCUUCUGGGCCAAAUUUAAACGGCAGUGCUGUGCAACAAAAUAUUGGUGGAAGAAAAGUUUCUGAUCAGUCCAACCAUGUUGAUCUAGCUGGUAGUUGCAAGAUUGAACAAAACUAUUUCUGUAUGAUAUGUGGAAAGGGAUUCAAGAGAGAUGCUAAUUUAAGGAUGCACAUGAGAGGUCACGGGGAUGAGUACAAAACUCCAGCAGCAAGAAAUGUGGCAGCGGAGUGAAGGUAUGUGUAGAGGUCCGGCGGGCAGCCAAGGCGAGGCUGCCGCCCGCCGGUGAAGCAGAAUGACUAGGUUGUUAACCUUGCUCUGAUACCAUGUUAAAAUUCAAU